AUGAAGUCAAGUAAAUACAAGUUAAGUAAGUUUAGUGAAAGCAAGGCUUAUAAGAUAAGGCUAAGCGAAAGCAAGGCAAGCAGGAAAGCCUUAAGAAGCAACCAAGCCCACAAGCUUGAGUCUUCAACCAAGACUCGUUGUUCACUUGCCAAUUGCAUCACCAACUGGUCAAGUGCUCAGCCCGUCAAGGUCUCUGCCAGAAGCGAAAGUUUCAACCGGCUUAUCAAACUCAGGCAACUUCAGCACCGGCUCAAUCACCACCGCCAUCUUCAAACCGUCAAAAGCCCUUUGACAAGCUUCAGACUAGUUCUAACCCUGAUCCAUCACCAGAGUCAAUUCGUACACAAAAUAGUUAGUAUAAAAGGUGUCGCUUCCCCCUUCCCUUAA